AUGGCUCCCAAGGUCCACCUGCUCGACUAUGUCGCCGGGAAUGUGAGGAGUCUGGUCAAUGCCAUCGAGAAGGUGGGCUAUGAGGUCGAGUGGAUCAGGAAUCCCGACGAGGUCGCCAAUGCAGAGAAACUCAUCCUCCCCGGCGUAGGCCACUUCGGCCACUGCCUCUCCCAGCUUGCCUCGGCUGGCUACCUCCCCGCCGUCCGCAAGCACAUCGACGCGGGCAAGCCCUUCAUGAGCAUCUGCGUCGGCCUGCAGGCCCUCUUCAGCACCUCCUCCGAGGACCCGGACAUCCCCGGCCUCGACCUCAUCCACGCGCCCCUCGACCGCUUCGACGACGCGGACAAGGCCGUCCCGCACAUCGGCUGGAACAGCGCCGACACGGACGGCAAGAGCCUGUACGACCUGCGGCCCGAGAGCAAGUACUACUACGUCCACUCGUACAAGUACACCUACAUAAGGGGGGAGCUCGAGGCGGAAGGGUGGCACGUCGCGACGGCCAAGUACGGCGGCGAGCACUUUGUCGGCGCCGUGGCGAGGGGAAACAUCCUGGCGACGCAGUUCCACCCGGAGAAGAGCGGCGUGGCGGGCCUGAGGAUGAUCCGGUCCUUCCUCGACGGCACGGGCGCCAAGACGCUCGGCCAGCCCCUGCCAGCCGCCUCCCUGUCUUCAUCAUCACAGCAGCAGGGCCUGACCCGCCGCGUGAUUGCCUGCCUCGACGUCAGGACAAACGACCAGGGCGACCUCGUCGUGACCAAGGGCGACCAGUACGACGUGCGCGAGAAGGGCGCCGACCGCAGCGUGCGCAACCUGGGCAAGCCCGUCGAGAUGGCCAAGCGGUACUACGAGCAAGGGGCCGACGAGGUGACCUUCCUCAACAUCACGUCCUUCCGCGACUGCCCGCUCGCCGACCUGCCCAUGCUCGAGGUCCUGCGCCGCACCUCGGAGACGGUCUUUGUGCCGCUGACGGUCGGCGGCGGCAUCCGCGACACCGUCGACACGGACGGCACCAAGGUGUCGGCCCUCGAGAUCGCCACCAUGUACUUCAAGUCGGGCGCGGACAAGGUCUCGAUCGGGUCCGACGCCGUCAUCGCCGCCGAGGAGUACUACUCGCUCGGCCGCAAGCUCUUCGGCAACACGGCCAUCGAGCAGAUCUCGCGCGCCUACGGCAACCAGGCCGUCGUCGUCAGCGUCGACCCCAAGCGCGUGUACGUGCCCAAGCGGGACGCCACGCGGCACAGCGUCGUCCAGACGAAAUUCCCGGGCCCGAGGGGCGAGGAGUACUGCUGGUACGCGUGCACGAUCAAGGGCGGGCGCGAGACGCGCGACAUGGACGUCGUGGAGCUGGCGCGCGCCGUCGAGGCCAUGGGCGCGGGCGAGGUGCUGCUCAACUGCAUCGACCGGGACGGCACCAACAGCGGGUUCGACCUCGAGCUCGUCCGGCAGGUCAAGGGCGCCGUCAGGAUACCCGUCAUCGCGUCGAGCGGGGCGGGCAACCCGGCGCACUUUGAGGAGGUCUUUGCGCAGACGACGACGGACGCGGCGCUCGGGGCGGGCAUGUUCCACCGCGGCGAGUACACGGUCAAGCAGGUCAAGGACUACCUGCAGGAGAAGGGGCUGGUGGUGAGGCAGUUUGAGGGGGAGCUGUAA